UCUUUUCUUAAAAUGAAAACUUUUUUUUUUUUCCUAGACUAAAUUGCAAUGUGGAAAGAGUCAGAUCAGCCUUUGGACAGAACUAGGGCCAUGAUUUACUGUAGGGAAGUUAGCAUCGUUUUGAGUUUUCUUGAUGAACAUGUUAAUAAGAGAAGAUUUGGUUAUACAUUGUGCUUAUUUACCUCCUUAAUUUGAGGAUGUCAAAAGGAUUUUAGAAAUGCACCCUUUUUCACACAGGUGGAUGUCUGAUUUAUGAAGCUCCCCAUCCACCUAUCUGAGUACCUGACCUCUCAUGACUGACUCCUACAGGAUCAGGUACAUAGUUUCUCCUAGCAUGACCUCGAUCUGAUUCGCAAACAAGAACAUUUGUCUCCUGUAGUUCUGGGGCCCAUUCACUGCCUACAACCACAGAGCGGUCAUGGCUGCCAUCUCUACUUCCAUCCCUGCAAUUUCACAGCCCCAGUUCACAGCCAUGAAUGAACCACAGUGCUUCUACAAUGAGUCCAUUGCCUUCUUUUAUAACCGAAGUGGAAAGCAUCUUGCCACGGAAUGGAACACAGUCAGCAAGCUGGUGAUGGGACUUGGAAUCACUGUUUGUAUCUUCAUCAUGUUGGCCAACCUACUGGUCAUGGUGGCAAUCUAUGUCAACCGCCGCUUCCAUUUUCCUAUUUAUUAUUUAAUGGCUAAUCUGGCUGCUGCAGACUUCUUUGCUGGGUUGGCCUACUUCUAUCUCAUGUUCAACACAGGACCCAAUACUCGGAGACUGACUGUUAGCACAUGGCUCCUUCGUCAGGGCCUCAUUGACACCAGCCUGACGGCUUCUGUGGCCAACUUACUGGCUAUUGCAAUUGAGAGGCACAUUACAGUUUUCCGCAUGCAGCUCCACACUCGGAUGAGCAACCGGCGGGUGGUGGUGGUCAUUGUAGUCAUCUGGACUAUGGCCAUCGUUAUGGGUGCUAUACCCAGUGUGGGCUGGAACUGUAUCUGUGAUAUUGAAAACUGUUCCAACAUGGCACCCCUCUACAGCGACUCUUACUUAGUCUUCUGGGCCAUUUUCAACUUGGUGACCUUUGUGGUAAUGGUGGUUCUCUAUGCUCACAUCUUUGGCUAUGUUCGCCAGAGGACUAUGAGAAUGUCUCGGCAUAGUUCUGGGCCCCGGAGGAAUCGGGAUACCAUGAUGAGUCUUUUGAAGACUGUGGUCAUUGUGCUUGGUAAGUUUUGUCUUGGCUGUAACUUACUUUAUAGAUUCCCAAUGGCUUAACAUAAACCACAUUAUUUUAUGACAGAGGUAAACAACAGUAUGAAUAUUCACCAGGUAUAUAAGCAGGAAUUACAAGGGGAUGAGGCACCUUUAUAUUAAAUGUCAGCUUAUGAGUUUUUCUAAAAUUAUAGAAUUAGCAUUAGGGAAACAUGGGUCUCAGUGGUACAAUAUAAAUGAUGAUGAUGUAAAAGAUGUCAUUGAAGAGCUUGGAAUAUCUAAUAUUGAAAAUACCAGAAUUACUAAUCAAACUCAUUUAGUUUUUCUUACAGCCUAAAUUGCGAAACUUCUGCAUUAUGGUCUCUGUAUUACAGAUUUUCAGAUAGAAAGUGCUUUAGUAGAAUAUGAAUAUGCGUCCAUAUAUAGUUAUUUUUAUUAGUCUAUUCUGUAAUUGUUACUACAUUAUAGGUAAGUAUAUCAGGGUUUACUGAACAAAAUGGAUCGGAAUUAAUGAUAUUCUCUGAUGGUCAUCUUCAUGAAAACUUCCUUCUUUUAAUUUUCUAUUUGUAGUAAUGAUGGAUAAUUCAUAUUUCAAGGUGAAGAGCAAGAUUUGUAGACUCAAAUACCUUCUGCUUUUAAAUAAGCAUUGUUUUUCCUGGAUGAAAAAUUCAUAAUAGUGAUCAAGAAUAAUAUAUUUAUUCACUUAUGUGUGUAGAAGGUAGUUACACACCUUCUGUGCUGGCUCUGUGCUGGCUCCUGGGGAUAUACCCAUGAAAAGAACAGAUAUGGACAUUUCCUUUGAAGCUUAGAGUGAGAAUUUUUAAAAAUAAUUACCCAAUGGAAUUACAUAUUCUCCGUAGACUAUAUUCACGUUAACAUUUGAUCAGCUUAAAAAAAUCUCUUUUAAAAACCAUUCAUCAUAUCAUCUUUGCCUAUGGAAACUGAAAAAACCUUUUAUCACCUCCUCUUUCCCCACAUAAAUUCAAUGGAAAGAGUUCAUAUGGUUCUCUGUGCUCCAAUUUGUAUAGCAUUUUUGAGUGAAUGUAACAUGGAAUUAUAUGGCUCCACUGGAACUCUGGGAAUUCCCUUAAUUUUAGCCACUUGAAGGAGACAGUGUCUUAAUGAUCAUUAAAUAAAGCAGAUUGAUGCAUAGGGCCCAUCUGUUUUGGUUAGGGUGAAUGCAUCAUGGACGUCAUUUCCAGCUAUACUCGUUGGCCCUCUUGUAGACCUGUGAGAAUAAUAACUAAGCCUUGGGAUCAUUGACACACCUAAAACCUUGCCUAACUAACUGAAACACUGAGGACCCCAUCACCUCAGAUAUGAGAUUGUCUUAUUCUAUCCAGUGAAGAUUAGUGAAUUGCAAAAAUGGUUCCUCUGUAUAUUUAUUAACAGGACCUUAAGCACACCUACGCCACAAGGCCAUAUUUUCCGUGAUGUGGACGAAACACAUCUUGGUUUACCAUGGAUGCUAUUUUUGUAUGAAAUAAAACAUGAGACAUUAAAUAACAUGAGACAUUGUACUUCUAUAUUGACUCAAAUGUUUAUUUGUUGAUGAUCUAAAUGUUGGUUGAUGUUUUUUAUAUGUAUGAACUUUUUCUAUUAUAGUGCUACUCAUAGUUCAUAGAAUUGCCAGCAGCAAAUGGCUACUGAACUUGGGACUACUAACCUGCCAAGUUCUUGUUUUAAUUUUGACCUUUGUAUAAUAUCUUGUGUAUUACAGUGUGCAUUGUACUGAAUGAUUCAUGUAAUACUAACUUUUGUGCGUCAUUGAGUUGUUCUUCAGGUUGAAAUAAUCAUUUUGAGGCUAUAGGAGCUAGUGUUUGAGUGUACAUCUGCCCAAAAUGCCUCUUUCCCAUGCCUAACCACUGCCGCUAUACAACCACUAACUUUAAAAUAAGAGAAAUAAUAUUUAAACUAGUAUACUCCACAAAGAUCUAAUGCAGUUGACAGCUUUGGAAUAAAUAGCAUGAUUUUUAAAGCUAUGAGUUGGAAGAAGUGUUAGAAUAACAUGGAAAAUCCCAUCAGGGUAAUGG